GACGGAAAUACCCGAAAUACCGACACUGAACCACAACCUGCACAACCACCGGCAUCCGACAUUAUUCUGCAGCAUGAUCUGACGACCGAAUUGUUGUUUUUGCUCUGGAUUCUAAAUUAAAUGUUUCGCCUCCUUGAGUUUCGACAGUAUUUAUCGGACUGAUUGUGAGCAGAUUAAAUCUGUCUCAUUCUGGUGUUGUCUAACAAUUCUAAGAAAGAUCCGUAAAAAUCAACCAAGCGAUGGACAGUCCAGGCGAAGAAGAAUCUUUUCGUACUCUACGGCGGCCUUUGAGGAAUGCCAAUACAAGAGAAGACGAAGAUCAUGAUUUAAGUCCUGCAGCAAGCAAAGGUCGCAAGCGUAGAUUAUUGUCAAAUUCAAUGCCUGCUACUAAAAAGCAAAAGCUAUCCAAAGACACGACAGCAUGUUGCGAAGAUUGCGGUGCGGAUCUCUUGACCGCCGCCUCCGUUACUGCCCCUGACGAUAAGUUUGUGGACGAACCAGUUAUACUCACGGACGAAUCUUUGCAGUUAGCGGAUUCAAGACAGUAUGAUGAUUCAAAUGGGCUGCCGAUUCUUCAGGUCUCUGACGCAAAGUUCUUCUGUAGGAACAACCACCUGUGCAGCAUUGAUUCUAAUGUAGUUGAAACGGAUAAAGAUCUAUUCAUGGCUGGUACCAUUAGAGCAGUUGAAGACACAACAGUAAAGUUAGAACAGUCGUCAGCAGGCAUCGUUUGCCAGAAAUCCUCCACAAUCAAUGAGUGGUUUGUCUCUGGCUAUGGCACAGCCCAUGUUAAUUUAUGGGUGGUCUCUGAAUUUGGAAAUUACAAGAUUGUGAGUGUGGCCGAGGAGUACGUUCCAUUCUUCUCGAGCGUGCUAAAUAUCUGCCACUACGCUAAUCACCUCAUUAAGAGUAUGAUCGAGAGCAGUGAUGCAAGCCUUGACGAAAUACUUGCUGAUUUCUCGACUUCGAACAAUCCGCUGUUGACCAUCCCCACGCUGGAAGAAUUGGUAGAAAACGCGCAGUUUAUUCACGCCCAUGUCACCGCAUACUUCCUAGAGCCUUACGCAGAUGGUACUAACGACGCGCACCUCCUCUCACUCCCGUUCUACCGGGAGUUCUGCGAUCUAGCCAAUUUAGACUUGCGUAAAAAGGCAAAAGGCAGGAAAGUGCACGUAAAGAAAUCUAAGAUAGCUUUACCGAGCAUCACCAAGGCCACAACCACGCCAAUUGUCAAUGAGGCUUUUUCGCUUGUCUUUGAUGAGCACAUGAAAAUUGUGGGCGACAGCAUCAACCAUUGCAACGCAACAAGUGACGAAUUUGAACAAAAAAUCAGCACAUUUGAGGAAAUUCCGGACAUAGGAAGGAAUUAUAUUGCUGGAACUAGCAUCGGCACAUUUAAUUCCACACUCGAUUACAUCAAGAAAAUCGGAAUCAUCCAAAGCUCAAACAGUAUCAUUGUAGAGCCUGGUUCUUUUUUGAGAUUCUCCUGCAACAGAAAACUAGUGGUGAAGGGCCGCAAGCUUGAAACACCGUAUUUUGGCCAAGUGCAGUAUCUGGCCAAAGCAAGAGAAGGUGCUGGACAUGAGGGUCACUGUCACGUACGCCUUUUCAUGCAGAGCCACGAGACCAUUUUGGAGACAGUGGCCGACAGGCGAGAGGUUUUUGGUUCGACUUCCUGUGUAGAUGUUCCAUUUCAAGACAUACAAUGCACGUUGCCAAUCCUGCACUGGUUGGAGUAUGAGAAGGACGCAGUUCCUCAUCAAUUUUACUAUAAAAUGCGCCAUGACCUUGACAGUGGAGCUUUUAUCAGCUUGCCAAACUUGAAGGACGUGGCUGAGAGGCAGGGCUUCAAGAUCAAGUGUGAAUGUUGUGAAAUGAUAGAAAAAGAGAGACUCAAACAUCUAGUUCGGCCAAUUCCAGGACCUAUAAAGAGUUUCCAGUAUCUCGGUGAUGUCUACUGCUGUAACUCAUUCGUUUUAAUCCAAGGUUUGGAUGAAGAAAUACCCAAAGCGCCAGCAAAGAAGACUAUUAAACUGGACCCCUCCAUAUACAUGGAAGCGUUCAGGAAAGAAAAGACCAGACCUCCUGAAGUUUAUUAUUAUCCUCUUGAUGUGUGCCAAAUUGUGUCAGUGGACACUGAAUGGAACAGUCAGACAUUGUUUGAUCCCUACCAUGUGGAUUUGAAAGUAAGACUGUUCCGGAGGGCAGCGCAGACAAAGCUACAAGACACAGAAAAGAUGUCACACCACCUCCUCUUUUACACUGACAAAGUUUUCAAGAUCAAAGCAAAGGAUAUCCUGGGAGUAGCGUAUGUGGCACACAAGAAUUUCAUCAGGGCCAAAUUGGAAGAUUGGCUUGAAUCUGGAGAAAAGCGGUUCUACUUCAGAUCCUCAUAUGACAAGGACACCCUCAGCAAUAACUUACCAUUUCUUGCAAAGCAGUGCCAAGGAGCUGUUAAUCCUAAGACUGGAAUGGGCAUGGCCCCACCAGAUCACGUGAAGCCAUCUAGGCGGCUGAAAUGUCUGGAUGUGUUCGCUGGCUGCGGUGGGCUGUCUGCUGGACUGCAUGCUGGCGGGCUAACUGACAGCCGGUGGGCUUGCGAGGUCGACAAGGACGCCGCUGAUGCAUUCCAGAAAAACUUCCCUGAGGCGGUUGUCUUCAAUCAAGAUAUCAAUUCUUGGUUAGAAGAUAUACUCAGUGGAAAGGAGAAAAAUGUUCUUAACCAGCGCUACCCGAAAGUUGGUGAAGUAGAAAUGAUAGUUGGUGGGCCGCCAUGCCAAGGAUUUUCUUCAAUGAACCGCUACCAUACUGGUAUUGCAGCUAGGUUUAAAAACUCGUUGGUGGCCACGUUUUUCAGCAUAAUUGAACACUACAAACCUAGAUAUUUUCUGUUUGAAAAUGUCAAGAAUUUUGCUAUCAGCAACCAAGGGCUCUACUUGAAAACAGUAAUAGGCUGUUGUUUAAAGCUGGAUUACCAGCUCAGAUACUCCGUGCUUCAAGCAGGGAAUUUCGGUGCUCCUCAAUCGCGCUACAGGACGAUCAUAAUUGGAGCAAGGAGAGGGGAGAUUCUACCUCAGCUGCCUAAGGUGCAGUACACCCUGGACCUUCCUGCCUACACUCUGGCACUGAAUGGGAGACAGAUUGCCGAUGGCACCACUUACGGUCUUCUGGGAGAAGAAACCUAUAAGUCUGCACCAUUCAGAGCUGUGAACGUGUAUGACGCGAUCGGCGAUCUUCCUGAUAUUCCAUGUGGUGUCACUAACUCGCGGUCAAAGUAUUUGCCUUGCUGUUCCAGCUUCCAGUACAAUAUGCGUUUGAAGAGCAAAGAAUUGAAGGACCACAUCACUAGGAACCUAUCAGCGCUGGACAAGGCCCGCAUAAAAUGCAUUCCUCCUGGAGGGGACUGGCGGGAUAUGCCAAACUCCCGAUUGCUGCUGGAGGAUGGCACUACCACCGUACCACUGAAGUACAUAACAAAGGAUGGAAAGCGAGGCGUUUGCCCUUGUAAUUUUGUGUCAAAAGAAGAUCGAAAAAACGUGGCCUGCAUCAAACGCGACGAGCGCAAAUCCAUUGUGCCAUGGUGCCUGCCACACACAGCGGACAGGCAUGCCCACUGGGCCGGCCUCUACGGCAGGGUAAGACUGGGUGGGCAAUUUCAGACCACAGUGACCAUACCCGAACCCAUGGGCAAGCAGGGGCAAGUCUUGCAUUCGACGUACGACCGGUGCUUGUCUGUUAGGGAACUUGCGCGAUCACAGAGCAUCCCUGACCACUUUGAGCUUAGUGGCUCAAUGGAGGAUCGUUACCGACAGGUGGGCAACGCUGUUCCUCCUCUUCUGGCUGCAUCCAUCGCGAGAAUGUUUCAAACUUGAGCGUGACAGUGACAGCGUCUGAGAGUGCUCUAAGAGCCUUUUAUCGUAUUAGGUUUAGGUUUUACUCUUGUACCCCGUCAUCAAAAAACUUAAAAUCUUUAUAUUGCUCCCAUGGAGCGGGAAAUCUGGUAAGAUGGACUUUCUACUUUAAAAAAUAUGAACAAAUAUUUUUAAGAGCUUUGUGAAUUUUUAUAACAUUGUUGCUGUAUACUCCAAGUGUAACAAUAUAUACUCCUCUCUUAAAUCUCA